GCCCCCGCCCGGCGUCCGGGCCGCGCCGACCCGGCGCCCUGUCCUUCCGAGGGCGUCCGGCGGCAGCUUCUUGGUUGCGACGGCGCCUCUCCAGUGCCGGCGUUGCAACGCUCCGGGCUGCAGAGUCCUCCCGCCUCAGCCAUUUUCCCUCCUCCCCCCUCCUCCGUCUCCUCCCCUCCCGUUCCUCAUCCCCUCCCUUCCCCCCGCGCGGGGACUUUUCCGGAAAGUUUUUAUUUUCCGUCUCGGCUCUCGUAGAAAGAAGCUCCUGGCUCAGCGGCUGCAAAACUUUUCGGUUGCCUCGCCGCUGGCUCCCGCCCUCCGCUGCCCGGCCCUGCGCCCCGCCGAGCGAUGAGCGCCCCUCCGGUCCUGCGGCCGCCCAGCCCGUUGCUGCCGGUGACGGCGGCCGCGGCGGCAGCUGCCACCGCACUGGUCCCGGGGUCCGGGCCCGGGCCCGCGCCGUUCCUGGCUCCCGUCGCUGCUCCAGUCGGGGGUAUCUCGUUCCAUCUGCAGAUCGGCCUGAGCCGCGAGCCGGUGCUGCUGCUGCAGGACUCGUCCGGGGACUACAGCCUGGCUCACGUCCGCGAGAUGGCUUGCUCCAUCGUCGACCAGAAGUUCCCUGAAUGCGGUUUCUAUGGAAUGUAUGAUAAGAUCCUGCUUUUUCGCCAUGACCCUGCCUCUGAAAACAUCCUUCAGCUGGUGAAAACGGCCAGUGAUAUCCAGGAAGGCGAUCUUAUUGAAGUGGUCUUGUCAGCUUCCGCCACCUUUGAAGACUUUCAGAUUCGUCCCCACGCUCUCUUUGUUCAUUCAUACAGAGCUCCAGCUUUCUGUGAUCACUGUGGAGAAAUGCUGUGGGGGCUGGUGCGUCAAGGUCUUAAAUGUGAAGGAUGUGGUCUGAAUUACCAUAAGAGAUGUGCAUUUAAAAUACCCAACAAUUGCAGUGGUGUGAGGCGGAGAAGGCUCUCAAAUGUUUCUCUCACUGGGCUCAGCACCACCCGCACAUCAUCUGCUGAACUCUCUACCAGUGCCCCUGAUGAGCCCCUUCUGUCUCCUGUGAGUCCUGGCUUUGAGCAGAAGUCACCAUCGGAGUCAUAUAUUGGUCGAGAGAAGAGGUCAAAUUCUCAAUCAUACAUUGGACGACCAAUUCAACUUGACAAGAUUUUGAUGUCUAAAGUUAAAGUGCCACACACAUUCGUCAUCCACUCCUACACCCGGCCCACGGUGUGCCAGUACUGCAAGAAGCUUCUGAAGGGGCUUUUCAGGCAGGGCUUGCAGUGCAAAGAUUGCAGAUUCAACUGCCAUAAACGUUGUGCACCAAAAGUACCAAACAACUGCCUUGGUGAAGUGACCAUUAAUGGAGAUUUGCUUAGUCCUGGGGCAGAGUCUGAUGUGGUCAUGGAAGAAGGGAGUGAUGACAAUGAUAGCGAAAGGAACAGUGGACUCAUGGAUGACAUGGAAGAAGCAAUGGUCCAAGAUGCAGAGAUGUUAAUGGCAGAGUGCCAGAACGACAGUGGGGAGAUGCAAGACCCAGACCCAGACCACGAGGAUGCCAACAGAACCAUCAGUCCAUCAACAAGCAACAACAUCCCACUCAUGAGGGUAGUGCAAUCUGUCAAACACACGAAGAGGAAAAGCAGCACAGUCAUGAAAGAAGGAUGGAUGGUCCACUACACCAGCAAGGACACAUUGCGGAAACGGCACUACUGGAGGUUGGAUAGCAAAUGUAUUACCCUCUUUCAAAAUGACACAGGAAGCAGGUACUACAAGGAAAUUCCUUUAUCCGAAAUUUUAUCUCUGGAACCAGUAAAAACUUCAGCUUUAAUUCCUAAUGGGGCCAAUCCUCAUUGUUUUGAAAUCACCACAGCAAAUGUAGUAUAUUAUGUGGGAGAAAAUGUGGUCAAUCCUUCCAGUCCACCACCAAAUAACAGUGUCCUCACCAGUGGUGUUGGUGCAGAUGUGGCCAGGAUGUGGGAGAUAGCCAUCCAGCAUGCCCUCAUGCCUGUCAUUCCCAAGGGUUCGUCCGUGGGUACAGGAACCAACUUGCACAGAGAUAUAGCUGUGAGUAUUUCGGUAUCAAAUUGCCAGAUUCAAGAAAAUGUGGACAUCAGCACGGUAUAUCAGAUUUUUCCUGAUGAAGUACUGGGUUCUGGACAAUUUGGAAUUGUUUAUGGAGGAAAACAUCGUAAAACAGGAAGAGAUGUAGCUAUUAAAAUCAUUGACAAAUUAAGAUUUCCAACAAAACAAGAGAGCCAGCUUCGUAAUGAGGUGGCAAUUCUACAGAACCUUCAUCACCCUGGUGUUGUAAAUUUGGAGUGUAUGUUUGAGACGCCUGAAAGAGUGUUUGUUGUUAUGGAAAAACUCCAUGGAGACAUGCUGGAGAUGAUCUUGUCAAGUGAAAAGGGCAGGUUGCCAGAGCAUAUAACGAAGUUUUUAAUUACUCAGAUACUCGUGGCUUUGCGGCACCUUCAUUUUAAAAAUAUUGUUCACUGUGACCUCAAACCAGAAAAUGUGUUGCUAGCAUCAGCUGAUCCUUUUCCUCAGGUGAAACUUUGUGAUUUUGGUUUUGCCCGGAUCAUUGGAGAGAAGUCUUUCCGGAGGUCAGUGGUGGGUACCCCAGCUUACCUGGCACCUGAGGUCUUAAGGAACAAAGGCUACAAUCGGUCUCUAGAUAUGUGGUCUGUUGGAGUCAUCAUCUAUGUAAGCCUAAGUGGCACAUUCCCAUUUAAUGAAGAUGAAGACAUACAUGACCAAAUUCAGAAUGCAGCUUUCAUGUAUCCACCAAAUCCCUGGAAGGAAAUCUCUCAUGAAGCCAUUGAUCUUAUCAACAAUUUGCUGCAAGUAAAAAUGAGAAAGCGCUACAGUGUGGAUAAGACCUUGAGCCACCCUUGGCUACAGGACUAUCAGACCUGGUUAGAUUUGCGAGAGCUGGAGUGCAAAAUCGGAGAGCGCUACAUCACCCAUGAAAGCGAUGACUUGAGGUGGGAGCAGUAUGCAGGUGAGCAGGGGCUGCAGUAUCCUGCACACCUGAUUAAUCCAAGUGCUAGCCACAGUGACAGUCCUGAGAUGGAAGAAACAGAAAUGAAAGCCCUUGGUGAGCGUGUCAGCAUCCUCUGAGUUCUUUCUCCUAUAAUCUGUCAAAACACUGUGGAACUAAUAAAUACAUACGGUCAGGUUUAACAUUUGCCUUGCAGAACUGCCAUUAUUUUCUGUCAGAUGAGAACAAAGCUGUUAAACUGUUAGAACUGUUGAUGUAUCUGAGUUGCCAAGACAAAUCAACAGAAGCAUUUGUAUUUUGUGUGACCAACUGUGUUGUAUUAACAAAAGUUCCCUGAAACACUAAACUUGUUAUUGUGAAUGAUUCAUGUUAUAUUUAAUGCAUUAAACCUGUCUCCACUGUGCCUUUGCAAAUCAGUGUUUUUCUUACUGGAGCCUCAUUUUGGUAAAAGACAGAAUGUAUCCAUGGAAUAGUUCUGUUUGUUGUGUCCCAUUGGUGUUGUCAUUGUAAAUAAACUCUUGAAGAGUCGAUAAUUUCCGGUGUUCUAUGAACAACUCCGGAACUCAUGUGAAAGAAUGAAUGAGGGGGGUAGGGAAUAAAAUCCUGAGACACAAAUGCAUGAACAAGUUUUAAUGCAUAGUUUCAAAUCCUUUGCCUGCCUGGUGUGCCUCAGUAUAUUUAAACUCAAGGCAAUGCACCUAGGCGUGCAGACCUAGUGCUCUUAAGCCUAAAUGCCUUAGAAAUGUAAACUGCCAUAUAUAACAGAUAAAGUUUCUUCUUUAUUAUAAUACUCUGUUGUACUAUGGAAAACGAGCUGCUCAGCAACCUUUCACCUUUGUGUAUUUUUCAAUAAUAAAAAAUAUUCUUGUCAAAA